ACUACUCUUUAUGGCGCACGGCUACGGUGACUACUCACAAGACGACGGUUACAUGAUCCUGGCGAAGGCCCUGGCUCCUCGGGGCUUCUAUGUGUUUUCUCACGACCAUGUCGGUCACGGCAGAAGCGAGGGACCCAGGGCCAUGAUCAGGACGUUCGACAUCUACGUGGACGAUAUUCUCACGCACAUCGACAUGGAGCAGGCAAAGUUUCCCGGCAAACCGGUCUACCUCUUCGGACACUCCAUGGGUGGUCUGCUGGUCAUCCUGGUGGCACUGCGCAGGCCCGGCGGUUUCGCUGGCAUGGUUGUGAUGUCACCCCUACUUGGCAUAAAGCACCCGUAUUACACGCGGUUCACGACAUGCUUGGCUCGCCUGCUGGUCUGCAUCAUGCCUUGCCUCCCGACGGUGACGGCGAACGCCGAUUGCUCCUGCAGAGACAUCGCCGUCGUGGCCCGGAUGAACAACGACCCGCUCAACUACAUCGGAACCGUCCGCCUUCGAUGGGUGGUCGCCAUGGUGGACGCGAUAGAGGAAGCUCAAGCUCGAUCGAGUGCCGUAGAACUGCCCUUUCUUCUGCAGCACGGAACAGGCGAUGUGGUCUGUGACCCUGAAGCAUCGAAGCAGUUCUUCGAAAAGGCCGCAAGCAGAGACAAGAGCCUCAAAUUGUACAAUGGCGCAUACCACACCCUCCUAGAGGAGCCCGACGGAGUCGCCCAAGAAGUUCUCAAAGACAUUCUCGAUUGGUUGACGGCCAGGCUGCCCCCUGAAAAGAGCGCCUCGAACCAACCGGGCAUCUCUGGUCAACCUUGAGAGCGCGAAGGAAGCGUCGCAGGCCAUGACGUCAAAGCCGUGAACGGCGCGCUUUCUUUUCUUUUCAAAUGUCGCUAAAACAUUUUUGCGCCCUCACUCCG